AUGGUGUGCAGAAGAUAGAGGCAUGUCACCAUCCCAUUUCUCAUUUCAUCGGCUAUGAGCUCCAAGGAAGAUCCAUCAUUCCCUUACGACCAGCAAAGGACGCCGUUACCAGCACUGCCAAGACACCUAACCAAAGGCUGGCGUCAAGACUAUGCUAAUUAACUCCAGGUCCCAAGUCUCUUGUUGCCUGGUGACAAAGUUUCACAGUGGAGGAGGAGGAACUGGCACAAACGGGUAUAUAUAGCAGUUUCUUGUGACUUUUCCCUCAAGCCGACCACCCACCUAUCAGAACAGCACACUUCAAACCUACGCCCUUACUAAAAGAACAUGGCCAAGGGCGGGAAAGGCCCUAAGGGCAAGAAGAUCACCCUCAAAGUGGCCAAGAAUUGUAUCAAAAUCACAUUUGAUGGGAGAAAACGCCUUGACUUGAGCAAGAUGGGAAUUACCAAUUUCCCCAAGUGUAUCCUGAGACUAAAUGAUGUGGAUGAGCUCGACCUUAGCCGGAAUAUGAUCAGAAAAAUCCCUGAAUCAAUCUCCAAGUUCCAGAACCUGCGGUGGCUGGACCUGCACAGCAACUAUAUUGACAAGCUUCCUGAGUCCCUCGGCCAGAUGACAACUCUGCUCUACCUCAAUGUCAGCAACAACAGGCUCAUCACCAAUGGGCUGCCUGCGGAGCUCAAUCAGCUCAAGAAUAUCCGUACCUUGAACCUAGGCUUAAACCACCUGGACAGUGUGCCCACCACCCUGGGUGCUCUGAAGGAGCUCCAUGAGGUGGGGCUCUAUGACAACCUGCUGACCAGCAUCCCCAACAGCAUCUCCAAGCUCCCCAAGCUCAAAAAGCUCAACAUAAAGCGAAAUCCCUUUCCCAAGUCGGAGGAGUCAGACACAUUCCUAGAUACCAUCAAGAGGCUGGACAACUUAUAUCUGGUGGAAGACAAGGAUCUUUGUUCAAAUUGCCUGAAAAAAUGCCAACAGGCCCGGGACAAGCUGAACAAAAUCAAGAAUAUUGCCACAGGAGCUCCGAGAAAGGCCAUCUUUUCCAAUUUGGUCUCACCCAACUCUAUGGCCAAGGAUUCCCAGGAAGACUGGAGGAUCCGUUCAACAUCUCCCUAGAGUAGUUUAUGGCAAAAACUUGAAGACUAAUCAGCCAACAAGGAUAAACGACUCUGAAGAAGAAAAGCCCUCGGUUAGGAGAAGAAAGAGAGUGGUAAGGGGAACAUUCUGGAAGCUAGGCCUUGUGGUGCUGGCCAAGAUACUGACUUGCUUCUUAAAUUCACUUUGUCUCUCUUUGCUUUAGACCAUUUAUGUGUGAAAAUGACUUUGGGAAAUAUUUGGUGAAUUUUUUUUUACAUAUAUAGAGGAAAUGUUUAAGAAAAUGAUAGACAUAAGUCACAGAAAAUUAAAGUUUUAUAAGAAGACUUUAAGACUUAAAAGACUUAUGGUAUUUAUACUCAAACUGGUAAAGUUUCUAUGCCAGUCGCUUAUGGUAAGUUAUGUAUGUAUAAAGCAAUCCGUCAAGCAACUAAAAUUUAUACAAAAUAUUUACACAAAGAUAAAUACUCAAAAGUACUGUAGAUAAAUCAAAGUAGAAUUUUAACAAAUCUUUCAGUAAUGCAUGGGUAGGAAAAAAAAAGAAAAAGAAAAGAAAACAGAAAUGAACAACAGGAAAAAACAUACACAGGGAAACAAAAAAUAAAAUGGCAGACUUAUAUCCUAACAUUUCAAUAAUUACAUUAAACGUAAGCAGUCUUCUUUAUUUGUAAUGGCCCUAAACUAAAAACCGUCAAGUUUCUCUCAAUGGGCAAAUGGUUAAACUCUAGUGUAUCCAUAUCGUGGAAUACUAUUCAGCAAUAAAAUGGGACAUACUAUUGAUACAUGCAAUCAUUUGGAUGGAUUUCAGUAGCAUUAAUCUGAGUAAAAAAGGCCAACCUCCAUGGGUCACACACUCUAUGACUCCAUUUUUAGACCAUUCUCUAAAGAACAAAAUGAUUGUGAUGAAAAACAGAUUAGGGGUUUCCAGGCUUUAGCACUGUUGAGAGGUGGUGGAAGGUGGGCAGGACCAUAAAAUGGUAGCACAAGAGAUCUCUCUCUGUGGUGCUAUAAACAACUCAUUCUGUUAUGGUGGUGGUGGUUAUAAACUCUACACAUAGGAGAAAAUGACACAACUAUGUAUACAUAGUAUACCAAUGUCAAUUUCCUGGUUUUUAAAUUGUACCAGAGUUAACAUAAGAUGUAACAACCAUAUACGGAAAUUAAGAGAAGGCUGUGUGGGGACUCUAUGUAGUAUUUUUGCAACUUACAGUGAAUCUAUAGUUAUUUUAAAAUAAAAAAUUUUUUUAAACAAU